GACAGGGACUGCCUUCCCGGUGGGCCCCCAUGGCCAGGAUCACGUGAUUAUGCUGUGCUGCCGGCGUCAGGGACUCAGCUGGCCUGGGCCGGCUUGGGACUAGGUGAUCCUGUGACCAGAAGACGACUGGCUGGUGUGGGGCAUGGCCGGUGGCUUGGUCCGGUCUGACCCCGCUGAGUUCUCGAGUGUGUGUGCCCUUCCGGGAAAGGCUUGGACUAAGGAGAGCUAGUAGAAAAGGCUGCCUUCGGGAACUUUCUUCCAGAACUGGGAGGACGCGAAUUCCUGGUAGCUGCUACUCCUGGAUGUAUUUAUCUCACCAUGAGCUACCCAGGCUACCCCCCGCCCUCAGGCAACUACCCACCAGCUGCACCAGGUGGUGGUACCUGGGGAGGUGCUGGCUACCCCCCGCCCAACAUGCCCCCCAUUGGGCUGGAUAACGUGGCCAACUACGCAGGGCAGUUCAACCAGGACUACCUCUCGGGAAUGGCGGCCAACAUGUCCGGGACGUUCGGAGGAGCCAACAUGCCAAACUUGUACCCUGGGGCCCCAGGGGCCGGUUACCCUUCAAUCCCCCCUGGGGGUUUUGGGCAGCCCCCUUCCACCCAGCAGCCUGUUCCUCCAUAUGGAAUGUACCCGCCUCCUGGCGGAAACCCACCCUCUGGAAUGCCUUCAUACUCACCGUACCCAGGGGCCCCUGUGCCAGGCCAGCCCAUGCCACCUCCUGGACAGCAGCCCCCAGGGGUCUACCCUGGGCAGCCACCAAUGACCUACCCUGGGCAGCCCUCAAUGCCACCUCCUGGGCAGCAGCAACAGCCGGUGCCAAGUUACCCAGGAUAUCAAGCGUCCGGGACCGUCACCCCCGCUGUGGCCCCAUCCCAGUUUGGAACACGAGGCACCAUCACAGAUGCUCCUGGCUUUGACCCCUUGCGAGAUGCUGAGGUCCUGCGGAAGGCCAUGAAAGGCUUUGGGACUGACGAGCAGGCUAUCAUCGACUGCCUAGGGAGUCGUUCCAACAAGCAGCGGCAGCAGAUCCUUCUGUCCUUCAAGACAGCUUAUGGGAAGGAUUUGAUCAAAGAUCUGAAAUCUGAACUGUCAGGAAACUUUGAGAAGACAAUCUUGGCUAUGAUGAAGACCCCAGUCCUCUUUGACGUUUAUGAGAUAAAGGAAGCCAUCAAGGGAGCUGGCACCGAUGAAGCCUGCCUGAUUGAGAUUUUUGCCUCCCGUAGCAACGAACACAUCCGGGACUUGAGCAGAGCUUACAAAACAGAAUUCAAAAAGACCCUGGAGGAGGCCAUUCGAAGCGACACGUCAGGGCACUUCCAGCGGCUCCUCAUCUCUCUCUCCCAGGGAAACAGGGAUGAAAGCACAAAUGUGGACAUGUCGCUCGUCCAGAGAGAUGUCCAGGAGCUGUACGCAGCUGGGGAGAACCGCCUGGGAACAGAUGAGUCCAAGUUCAAUGCAGUCCUGUGCUCCCGGAGCCGGGCCCACCUGGUGGCAGUUUUCAAUGAGUAUCAGCGAAUGACAGGCCGAGACAUUGAGAAGAGCAUCUGCCGGGAGAUGUCCGGGGACCUGGAGCAGGGCAUGCUGGCCGUGGUGAAAUGUCUCAAGAAUACCCCUGCCUUCUUUGCUGAAAGACUCAACAAAGCCAUGAGGGGAGCAGGAACGAAGGACCGGACCCUGAUUCGCAUCAUGGUGUCUCGCAGUGAGAUUGACCUCCUGGACAUCAGAAUGGAGUAUAAGCGGUUGUAUGGCAAGUCGCUGUAUCACGACAUCACGGGAGACACUUCUGGGGAUUACCGGAAGAUUCUGCUGAAGAUCUGCGGUGGCAAUGACUGAGCGGUGGCUGGUGGCCCACUUCUGUCCUGCUGCCAGCAACGAUGAUGCCAGGAAAAGGCCAAAAGAAUGUCUGUCUGUUUCUAUCAAACCCACAAAAUAGCCUCCGGGUACCCCAGUCCCCAUAAUCCGUAGAGUCUUGGCCCUGCCCUCCACCUUCCCCUCCCAGUUGUGUAUUGAGCUUGUGCCGAGGGGCUUGGGUUGGGCUGGAACUCUCUCAGGAUGUCUUUUACACCCCACCCCUCACAGCCCGUUGCUGCUAAAGUAGAUGUUUCGUUUCCUGACCCAGGCCAUCAUUCCCCUUUGUUUGUAGCUGAGACACUCGGCUUCGUUUUAGUCAUGUAAUUUGAUAUGUUUAUUGGGAGGCAUUUUUUUUUUUUUUUACAGUCAUUGCCAGACACAUGCAUACACAUCUCUUUGCUGCCACACACAUUUUGGUGAGAGAGGUUGGGUGGGGAACACCAUGUCCUCACUGAGGAGUAAAAGGGAAGAACUUUAAGAGUAAUCUUUGCAUCUGGUGAGAAUGUGUCAUGAGCUUUGUUAUUGCCAAAUUCACUGCUUUUUAGAAAAGAAAAAAAAAAAAGGCCAGGAAGUCAUCUGUUUCUUCUUCCUUGUAAAAAUCAUGAGCAUAAACCCAGCUCCCUGCCAGUGGCAGGGCUUCUUGUACUUGAGAAUGUGCCUUAAACCUGAAUGUUGAUAGCCAAAAGCUUUUUCUAAAUUAAAGUCAGCCAGCUCUGGAACAUUCUGGAAAUGUUU